AUGUCAGGCGAAGACCCUAGAAGUUUCUGCCGGGAGGCAAUGGAUCAGACAACCAAGGCAACCGAGAAGAUGUCUUUCAUUCAGCCGGGAAAAUAUCGGGAUCCACUUCCGUUUAACCUCAAAAAUCCGUACGCAUUCACGGCGAAAUUCUUCGUUAUUUCGACCAUCGGUUUCGCUGCUCCUUUUCUUGUGGUGUUAUACUCGAUGUACAAAACCGGACGAACAACUUAA